AUUUCCUGAGAGUGCGCCUGGCGUGCGUAUUCCGGUGCGCGGCCGCGGCGAUCCGGGCCGGAGUCCCGCGCUUCGGGGCCUGAAACCCGCGCGGGAGUCGUAUGUCGGCUGGGGGGUCGUGGUUACCAAAGGCAGCAAGGCGCCUCGGUCCAGCCGACUUGCCUCCCAGGCGGGACCUCGCGGCCCCACGUCUCCCCCACUCUCUCCCUCCUUACUUGAAGAUCUUGAGUGCCAUCCUUUGUAGCAUCAUGUUCUAGAUGCUGGAUAAUUUAUGGACAAGAAGUUAUCAUUGAAAUUAAAUGGUGGCAGACAUGUCCAAGGAAUACUGCGAGGAUUUGACCCCUUUAUGAAUCUUGUGAUAGAUGAAUGUGUGGAGAUGGCAACUAGUGGGCAACAGAACAACAUUGGAAUGGUGGUAAUACGAGGAAACAGCAUCAUCAUGUUAGAAGCCUUGGAACGAGUAUGAACAAUGGCUGUGUUCACCAGAGGAAUCAACUGCUUCCACGUGUCCCCUCUCCACAUUUUGCUACGAUAAAAAUUGGGUCGUGUACAUUCUCCUAUUGAACUUUUUUUUUUGUUAGAUAAACUUUUGUGAUAGUCAAAA